GGCCUCGGGCUCGAAGACGACGACGACGACGCCGGUUUGCAUACAGAAUCGCCGGUCGCCGCGCUCUGGCCUCCACGCCAUCGCCACCGGCGCCGCGCGCCCGAGCCUCGACGUCCAUGUGCGCGCGUUCCCCUGCGUCUCCCCGACCUAGUUGAUGGCACUUUCCUCCCCCGAGCGGCGCCUCGGGCUGCCCCUCCUCCUGCUGGCUCUGCUGCUCGCCGGGGUCUCCUCGCCCUGCGCCCGCGCGGCUUCGGAGCGGCGCCGCGCACUGGUGGUGGCGCUGCCACCAGCCGUUGCCCCCGGACGCGCAUGGCAGGAGUUCCGCGUGGCGCCACCUACGGCGCGGCCGAUCGGGGACUGGCGGCGGAGGGUGCGCCGAGGCCGCGGCGGGGGCACCGGCGCGUGGGCGUUCUCAGCGAUGCUGCCCCGGGGGUUCGUGCCGCCUUCGGGCUCCUCGGCGUGCCACAACGACAUGCCGGCCACGGCCGCCGACGCCGAGUUCUUCGCCUGCGGCGGCGCCGGGACCCCGUGACGAUGAUCCACGGACACUGCCGCGUCCAUGCCUGGCUGCCUGCCUGCCUGUUUCGACCAACUAGGAUCCAAAGUCCAAGAACGGUCCAUGGAAACUGCAGGACUGUCUCCUCUGUGUUCGUUCAAGAGUGGUUCUUGCAGCAAUUGUAAAUUUGGUGAGGCUUAAACCUGCUCUGCUCUGCUCUUCUCCAGAGUUCAUGAACUACUCCAGUCCAGGCUCUGUACCUGAUCAUCGGAUCCAAAGCGAGCUCGAGUAACUGCUCCUAGUGAGUUGCCGUCGUUUCCAUUUCUCCCCUCUCCUCCCGGCCAUGUGUUUUUUUUUUGUGAUUACACAGUAAACACUUGCAUUUGACUAGCCGCAAAGGCGAAAUGUUUGUUCAAUUGCACUUGCACGCAGAGUGUUUGGACAUUUGUUCCCU